UCCCCCUCCCCUCUGCCCCCCGCCCCGGCGCCCCCCUCCCCCGCCCCGGCCCCCAGGACCAUCCAGAUCGAGUUCCCCCAGCACAGCUCCGCCCUCCUGGAGGCCCUGAACCGCCACCGCCUGGAGGGGAAGUUCUGCGACGUGUCCCUGCAGGUGCAGGGCCGGGAGCUGCGGGCGCACAAGGCCGUGCUGGCCGCCGCCUCCCCCUACUUCCACGACAAGCUGCUCCUGGGGGACGCCCCCAGGCUCACCCUGCCCAGCGUCAUCGAGGCGGACGCCUUCGAGGGGCUGCUGCAGCUCAUCUACUCCGGCCGCCUGCGCCUGCCGCUGGACGCGCUGCCCGCGCACCUGCUCGUGGCCAGCGGCCUGCAGAUGUGGCAGGUGGUGGACCAGUGCUCGGAGAUCCUGCGCGAGCUGUGCGAGGGCGCCUCCCACCAUGCCACCCUGCUGUCCCCCUCCUCCUCCCCCGGGGUCUGGUGCGCCCGCCCGGCCCCUCCCCCGCCUCCUGCGCAGCCCCCCGCUGGCGGGGUGGCGGGGGAGCUGGGGGAGGUGCUGCAGAUCCAGGUGGAGGAGGAGGAGGAGGAGGAGGAGGAGGAGGAGGAGGAAGAGCAAAAACCCCCGCCGGUGGUCCCGCAGCCCCCGAGUGUGGCGGGGGGAGCCCCUCGCGCACCGGGUUCGCUGCCUCCGCCCGCCACCACCCGCAGGUUACCGGACGGUGAAGGAGUCUCAGCCGAGCCUCCCGCGCCCCUGCCCCCCAAAAUCUUCUACAUCAAGCAGGAGAAGCUCGACCCUGAGGAGGGAGCGGCGGGGGGCGGGGCCCAGCCUGAGGGAGGCACGGAGGAGGCCAAAGAGGGCUUUCCUAGUGGGGGCGCGGGAGCGGGAGGAGGGGAUCUUGGGUUCCUGCUGCCCCCCGGGGCGGGGGCCGCUUCCGGCGGAGGGGACUCAUCCUGGAAGCCCGUAGAUCUGCAUGGGAACGAAAUCUUAUCGGGGGGCGGUGGGCCGGGAGGGACGGGGCAAGCCGUGCACGGGCCGGUCAAGUUGGGGGGAGCGCCGCCCCCCGAUGGGAAGCGCUUCGGCUGCCUGUGCGGGAAGCGGUUUGCGGUGAAGCCCAAGCGAGACCGCCACAUCAUGCUGACCUUCAGCCUCAGGCCGUUUGGCUGCGGCGUCUGCAACAAGCGCUUCAAGCUCAAGCACCACCUGACGGAGCACAUGAAGACGCACGCCGGCGCCCUGCACGCCUGUCCCCACUGCGGCCGAAGGUUCCGAGUGCACGACUGCUUCCUGCGGCACCGAGAGCUGUGCAAGGGCCAGGGCUGGGCCACGGCUCACUGGACGUACAAGUGAUGGCCGGUGUCAGGAUGGAGGGCUCCUGGCGAGCCCCUUGUGGAGGCCCGGGGACCAUCAGCCCUAGCUGCGGGUGCCUUAGCAGUCCAGGAUGUGGCACUCAGAUCCACUUUGGUUAGGUCACCUGGCGGAUUGUCAAGGUCGGGCCCCAGGGACAGUGAUCCUUGCAGACCAGAGUGCCUCUCAGGUUUUAUUGAAGGGUGUUCCUCACCCGAGAACCGACACCAACGGGCACCUUCCUCAGAGGGAUGCCUCCCAGUUGGAAGGAUUCCUGCAGCAAAGGAGCGGUCUUCAAGAGAUGCUUCCCUUGGUCUGUGUGGGAGGUCUGUAGAUGGAUCUGUCUGAGGAGCUCCAUUCAGGCGUUCAGAAGCUGACCUCUCACCCUCUAGCCUAGGCUCCAGCUCUGGCUCCACGUGGAGUUUACAUGAUCCUUUGUCACUGUGACCUACUUUGGGGCCUAGCCUUUUUUAUAUCUGAGAUGGAUGGGUUCCCACUCAUCUCUUCCAUGAUCCUGUUCAUUCUCAGUCUGAGGAGGUUUCCUCUGUGACCCAUUUGCCCCCAAGGCUUAUCUUCUGUAACACUGAUGGCAGAUUCCAGUAGUCCUGGAGAAUGGAGUUACAGUGACAAGUGGUCACGGUGGCUGGAAUGUGACAGACACUGACCCAAGACGUGAACAUUUACCUCCUUUUUUCCAGGCAUGAACCCACUUCAUACAGAACACAAAGAGAUGACUAGGUUUAAAAAGACCCUGAGGCUGGUCGAAAGAGAGACUUGACAGGGGUGCCCAGGCACAGGGUGUGACACUACCCCCACCUCCACACAGCUGAAGCAUCGGGGUUCUUUAUUGCUUCAAAUAAAUACCUUUUGAACACUCA